GCGGGACCUGCGGUUCGGAAUCCGCGCGCCCCACUCGCCGCCGCAGUUCCCUCCACUCGGGUGGCCCCGCGGCCCUGCGGGGAGUACCGGGGCGGCGGGCCGCUGAGACAGGGCGCGGGGCCAGCCCCGCCAGAGACGCCCUCGGCGGGGCCCGGACGGUCGCGGCAGCGGUGGGGACAUGGAGCCCUCUCCGGCGGCGGGGGGCUCGGAGACCACUCGCCUGGUGAGCUCGCGGGAGCGUGGCGGCGCGGGCGGCGGCCUACGCCUGAAGAGUCUCUUCACAGAGCCCUCUGAGUCCCUCCCUGAGGAGUCCAAGUCUGAGGAGAUGGCCUUCCACCACUGCCACAGGGACCUGGGGCCACCACCGGGCCUUACCUCAGAGAGGCUGCAGGCGCGGAGGCAGCUGUAUGCUGCCUGUGCUGUGUGCUUUGUCUUCAUGGCUGGCGAGGUGGUUGGUGGCUAUUUGGCACACAGCCUGGCCAUCAUGACCGAUGCGGCCCACCUGCUGGCAGACGUGGGCAGCAUGAUGGGCAGUCUCUUCUCCCUCUGGCUCUCCACCCGUCCAGCCACCCGCACCAUGACCUUUGGCUGGCACCGCUCGGAGACUCUGGGCGCCCUGGCCUCCGUGGUGUCCCUCUGGAUAGUCACUGGCAUCCUCCUGUACCUGGCUUUCGUCCGCCUGCUGCACAGCGAUUACCACAUCGAGGGGGGCGCCAUGCUGCUGACAGCCAGCAUCGCGGUUUGUGCCAAUCUACUAAUGGCCUUCGUGUUGCACCAGGCUGGCCCCCCGCACAGCCAUGGGUCCCGUGGGCCGGAGUAUGCACCCCUGGAGGAAGAGCAGGGGCAGCCACUCCCCUUGGGGAACACCAGUGUGCGAGCAGCUUUCGUGCAUGUGCUGGGAGAUCUGCUGCAGAGUCUGGGGGUACUGGCUGCCUCCAUCCUCAUCUACUUCAAGCCUCAGUACAAGGUAGCUGACCCCAUCAGCACCUUUCUCUUCUCCAUCUGUGCUCUCGGCUCCACGGCACCCACCCUCCGAGAUGUUCUCCGCAUCCUCAUGGAAGGUACUCCCCGUAGCAUAGGGUUUGAACCUGUGCGGGAUACGCUGCUGUCCGUGCCAGGAGUCCGGGCCACCCAUGAACUGCACCUGUGGGCCCUGACGCUCACUCACCAUGUUGCCUCAGCACACCUGGCCAUCGACUCAGCCGCUGACCCCGAAGCCGUCCUGGCUGAAGCUUCGUCCAGGCUGCACUCCCGGUUUGGCUUCUCCAGCUGCACCCUGCAGGUGGAGCAGUACCGGCCCGAGAUGGCCCACUGCCUGCGGUGCCGGGAGCCCCCCCAAGCCUGA